CCCUCUGUUUUCACUACCUCCCUUUAACCCACUGAGAUAUGAAAUAACUCCCAUGACUGUAGACAUCUGUUUAAGAAAUAGUUUGGCAUUUUUGGAAUUGAUCCUAUCAUCUCAAAUCUCUAAAGAGUAUAUACCAAAAUAUUAAACUAUUCCUUAAGCUCACACUCCUGUGCCUCCCACUUGAUCUAUACAACGCUGAAAUCAAGUCCUCUGAUCAUUGCCAACGCUCUCCUUUAACUUUCAUUAAUAAGAGAAUAACGCCACCCUCCAUGACAUCACUAAAACAAGCCAAUGACAGAGCUUCAUCUGAACUCAGACAGUCCUGUUUUAGCCAUAAAAUGCUCAAACGAUGCACUUUGUCUAAUCGCAGUCUGCAUGUUUGUCGCAUUCUUUGCAUAACAAACUCAUCUCCUCCAUUAAACCAUAAAGCACAUGUGUGAUGUUGACAUUACUGUACAUGUGUGUGAUAUGUUACUUGGCUCAUCUUGUUUUCAUGUCAUUUUUACUUUGUUUGUACUCAAUGUUUUGCGCAUUUGUUGAUGUUUAAGUGUACAUGUCUGCGUUUUUUUUUUUGUAUUUUCUUCCUCGUCCUCUAGCUCACUCUCUUCUGUGUUAAUCCCCAGAGUUCCGUUCUCCGUCACACAGCGGGAACCUGAACCGCUCGGCGUCUCUGAGUUGCACUGAGCGCGCUCCAGAUAACGGCUCCGUCGGGGGGAGCGUCACUCAGAUCCCGGGGACCCCCUUCCAGUACACACCAGACUUUAGUGUACGUGCUCUCACACACCUGCAGUUUGUUAAGGUCACUCGGGCUCAGUACCAGAACGGCCUCCUGGCGUCCAAGCUGGACAGCAUGCCUCAGUCCCCAGAGGGCAGCAACACCCGCCUGGACACGUCUGUGUCUCUGCCCCCCAUCACCCCCCCGGGGAGCCGCUCUCCGCUGCCGCUGGCCACGCCUCCUGCAAAGCACCCGCCGUCUAACAUCCAGCCGGGUGCCCGAGCCGCUCUGCCCCAGCACCCCCCCUCCUCCUCCCGCCGCAGACCCAGCCAGUCUCUGCCCCAAGUCACCCCCCCUCCGAGCAACCACAUCCCGCUCUCCCUGCCCCCUCCGUCCUCCAUGAGUUUAGCGCCGUGCACCAUCAUCCCCCACUCCACUUUGCCCUCCUCCAAGUCCCAGCCGUCGCGCCCCCUUGGUAGCCCGGACAACGGGCCGGGGGAGACCACCACUCUGCUCAGUGAGCAGCAGAACUGUGAACGUGCCCAGGCAAACCCUCACGUCCACACCAUCAGUCACACACACACUGAAAGCACCAUCUAACUAAAGUAGGAACUACACUACCUGCGCACUCACUCAAACAACACACUCUCGCACUACUUCCUGUUUCCUGUUUGCUUGUUGUCUCCUGAACUUUUCUGUAGAGUUCUUGGGUAUGCUGAGGAUCAGCACUUUACGUGUAUUUUAUAAACGGAGAUCCUCUUUUAUCCCUUCCUGCAUGAUCCCUUCCCGACACUAAAAAAAGAUGCAGUAUAGACACAACGAAGGCAGAGGGAACACUAGUGAUUACGAUUGGAAAUGAAGAAUGGGUCUUGUGUGUGUGUGUGUUUUUAAAGGGUCAGUUCACCAGGAUUACAAAAAGGCUUGCAAAUGUUUUUAUUUUUAUUUUUUGUCCAGGUUUUGAGAUUUCUGCUUCCACUUUUUUUUGUGAAAAAUUAACUCAGAAGCAACGUGCCUCUACAAAACCAAUUGUUCCAGUAUCUGUGGAUCAUCUACUGACCUCACUGUGAACCGUUUUCACAGGAAAUGCAUUACAGUGAGGAGAUCAUCUGUUUGAGCACACUGGGGUCUGUAGACAUCAAUUCUGAAAAGCCUAAAAUGCAUUUUUGCUUAUAAACUACAAAAUAUAUCCAUGUUACUUGUAUAGAACCGUAUACUUAUCUGCCUAUCAGAAAAAAUGAAAUUGCUAACCUCUUAUCCUGCUUUCAUGUCAGAGUAACAUGUCUGACUUGUAUCUUCACGUCAACUGCCAAGUUGAAAUAAUGACUUGUAAAGUCCGAUUUUGAGCCUGAAACCAAACUAACAUCAGCCAAAGACCAUUGUUCAAUGUUUUAAACCAAAAUGUACCAGAUGUGUUUUCACAAAAGGUUUUAUCCUGUAGAAUAAAGAUCAAACAUUAAAGUCCUUUGUAUUGAAGCGAAGAUAUCUCAAAACCUCUUCACAUGAAACUAAAACUUUUUAGGGUUUUUUGUAAUUAAUGUGAACUGAACCUCAACAUCAUCACUGGUAAGACAUCAACAAAAAACUCACAAUAUAGGUUGGUGUUGCCAGAUCAGGGCUGGGGUCAGUUUAGUUGGUUGGCUCAAUUUCCUUUUUUUUUCCAAAGAGUAAAACUUUUGGUUUAAGUUUAUGCUUUAAUGUACGAUAAGUAUGACUUUAGUUUUGAUUUUGUUCCAUGGGGUAACUUUUAUUAAGAUGGAUGAAAACCAAUACAUUGGUUUGUCUGCUGCUUCUGUCUGUCUGUCAGUUCAGCACCAGCAGACCAGAGUCAGAGUACUGAGUGGAAGCCAUACCAGUGAUUUUGCAUGUUUUCACCCAUUAAUACAAACUGUGAAUACUCUGCAUUAGAAUAAUACACUGUUAAAUGAAUACAGUGUUUAAAAAAGCUAAAUAUGAAUUGGCAAAUGUAAUGUUUUAUUACUUUUGUUAUAGUUUAUGAAUGCUAAUGUAUUUUUAUACACUACAAAACAUUUAUUGAAACCAAUGGCAGUCUGAACACCCCAGAGUCAACAAGAGAGUACAAAGGAUGUUAUGCAUGCAAUAUAAAAUAGUAAUAUAAUAUAAAUUAGAAAUGGAAAUACUUGUAGAACUUGCAAAAACAUCGGUAUGGUCCUUAAAGUCACUAAAUCUGGUGAUGUGAGGUGGAUGUUUAUGGCCUACCUCUUGACCAAGGCAAUAUGUUUAAAAUUAUUUAAUUUCCAAGAGUGAUAUUUAUUUAUGUAAAGUAUAUUUAUAU